AGUAGGAUGUCAACUGAGACAGAACUUCAAGUAGCUGUGAAAACCAGCGCCAAGAAAGACUCCAGAAAGAAAGGUCAGGAUCGCAGUGAAGCCACUUUGAUAAAGAGGUUUAAAGGUGAAGGGGUCCGGUACAAGGCCAAGCUGAUCGGGAUUGAUGAGGUUUCUGCGGCUCGGGGAGACAAGUUAUGUCAAGAUUCCAUGAUGAAACUCAAGGGCGUUGUUGCUGGUGCGCGUUCCAAAGGAGAACACAAACAGAAAAUCUUUUUAACCAUCUCCUUUGGAGGUAUCAAAAUCUUUGACGAGAAGACAGGGGCCCUUCAGCAUCAUCAUGCUGUUCACGAAAUUUCCUACAUUGCAAAGGACAUCACAGAUCACCGGGCCUUUGGAUACGUUUGUGGGAAGGAAGGGAAUCACAGAUUUGUUGCCAUAAAAACAGCCCAGGCGGCUGAACCUGUUAUUCUGGACUUGAGAGAUCUCUUUCAACUUAUUUAUGAAUUGAAGCAAAGAGAAGAGUUGGAAAAAAAGGCACAAAAGGAUAAGCAGUGCGAACAAGCUGUGUAUCAGACAAUUUUGGAAGAGGAUGUUGAAGAUCCUGUAUACCAGUACAUUGUGUUUGAGGCUGGACACGAGCCAAUCCGUGAUCCCGAAACGGAAGAAAACAUUUAUCAGGUUCCCACCAGCCAAAAGAAGGAAGGUGUUUAUGAUGUGCCAAAAAGUCAACCUGUAAGUGCUGUGACCCAAUUAGAACUUUUUGGGGACAUGUCCACCCCUCCUGAUAUAACCUCUCCCCCCACUCCCGCAACUCCAGGUGAUGCCUUUAUCCCGUCUUCAUCUCAGACACUUCCGGCGAGUGCAGACAUGUUUAGUUCUGUACCUUUCGGCACUGCUGCUGUACCCUCAGGUUAUGUUGCAAUGGGCGCCGUCCUCCCAUCCUUCUGGGGCCAGCAGCCCCUCGUCCAACAGCAGAUCGCCAUGGGUGCUCAGCCACCAGUCGCUCAGGUGAUGCCGGGGGCUCAGCCCAUCGCCUGGGGCCAGCCGGGUCUCUUCCCUGCCACUCAGCAGCCCUGGCCAGCUGUGGCCGGGCAGUUCCCGCCAGCCGCCUUCAUGCCCACACAAACUGUUAUGCCUUUGCCAGCCGCCAUGUUCCAAGGUCCCCUCACCCCCCUUGCAGCCGUCCCAACCACGGGUGACUCCACCAGGGCAAGUCCACAGACCGCGACGCCCAGACAGAAAAUGGGGAAAGAAAUGUUUAAGGAUUUCCAGAUGGCCCAGCCUCCGCCCGUGCCCUCCCGCAAACCCGACCAACCCUCCCUCACCUGUACCUCAGAGGCCUUCUCCAGUUACUUCAACAAAGUCGGGGUGGCACAGGACACAGACGACUGUGAUGACUUUGACAUCUCCCAGUUGAAUUUGACCCCUGUGACUUCUACCACGCCAUCAACCAACUCACCUCCAACCCCAGCCCCUCGACAGAGCUCUCCAUCCAAAUCAUCUGCGUCCCACGCCAGCGAUCCCACCACAGAUGACAUCUUCGAAGAGGGCUUUGAAAGUCCCAGCAAAAGUGAAGAGCAAGAAGCUCCUGAUGGAUCACAGGCCUCAUCCAACAGUGAUCCAUUUGGGGAGCCCAGUGGGGAGCCCAGUGGUGAUAACAUAAGUCCGCAGGCUGGUAGCUAG